GCGCGAAGGCGGGAAGCUCCAUAUAGCCGCAUAAAUACUCCGCGCGACAGUAGCGGGCGCUGGUGGGGCUGCUGUCAACCUGUGCGACGAGCUGUGAGCCGCGCAGCGCGACCGCGUACCGCUAGGCGCUCAAAUAGCCGCGAGGCGCGAAGCACAGCCCAGCCGCAUAGCCGCGCAGAGGGCGAGCCACGCCGCUCCAGCGCUUCUCCGCGCUCGUAGCAGUGCCCAAAACAAACGAGCAGCGACUCAAACAGCGCGAUGGCCGACAUGGACGUCGAGCAGCCCCGCGGCCGCAUCGUGAAAUUGGAAAUAGAGGGCUUCAAAUCUUUUGGAGGGACGCACACGGUCGAUUUUAGGGAACGCCAGAACUUUACGGCCGUCGUAGGGCCGAACGGCGCGGGCAAGAGCAACCUCAUGGACGCUAUAAGUUACGUGCUCGGAUUGCAAGCGAGGCACCUACGUAGCUCAAAAUUAAUUGAACUGCUACAUCGAGGCCCGUCCCAGUCGAGAAGAAAAGCCUCCGUCACAUUAACCUAUGAAAGGGACAACGAUAAUGUAGUGUUCUCGAGAACCAUCAGCGCCGUCGGCGUCGGGGCCUACUGGUUGGACUCACAAGAAGUGACGCGCGACAAGUACGAGAACGCCCUCAAGGAGAUCGGCGUCCUCGUGAAAGCGCGGAACUUCCUCGUCUUCCAGGGCGACGUCGAAAGUCUGGCCUCGAAGUCGCAGGACGAGCUCACAGCAGUCCUCGAGCAGGUCUCCGGAAGUUCGGACCACAAGAAGGAGUACGACAAGCUGAAGACGGCGAAGGACCAGGCCGAGGCCGCUUCGUUGUUAGCCUACCAGAAGAAGAAGGGCCUCGCGGCGCAACGAAGGCAGGUCCGGGACCAGAAGGACGAGGCCGACGCGUAUGAGAAGCUGCGGGACGAGCUCCAUGCGGCUCGUAGAGAUGACGCUGUAUCUAGAGUAGCUCAACUACGCGACGAUCGCAGUGACAAGGCCAAAUCCAAGGCUAAGCUCGACCGCGAGGUCCAGAAGUGUAUGGAAGCCGUUGAACGGGCUUCUCAAAAAGAAUCGCAAGCUUCGGAUGCAUUAAAGGAGGCUUCGUUAACUGCAGAGCGUGCUGAUGCAGCUCUGGCCCAGAAGACGCAAUCUUUAAGGGGAGGCGUCGCUCCGAGAGUAGCAGCCGCGAAGGAGGCCGCGGAGCAGGCUGCUCGAGAUGCCGACCAGGAGAAAGCGGCCGCUGCUCAAGCCGAUCAAAAUGCCAAGCGCCACGAGACGCUGGUGAAAGAUCUCCGGUCAGAACUACAAACUGAAGAUGAGGAGAUCAAGCGCCUGCAAGACGAGCGCGCGCGGGACGAGCCCGCCUGGCGCGCCGACCAAAGUCUGGUUGAUGAGGUGAGCGACCUGCAAGCCCAGGUCGAGCGCGAGACGGCUUCGCGAGCGUUUCGGCUGGACGCGGCGCGACGCGCUAGAGACACGGAGGAGGCCGACGUCGAGGCCCUGCAACGCGAGGUCGACGACGUCAUCAAGCGGCGGAACGAGGCCUCGUCGGAAGCCGCUGCUUGGCGGCUGCGCGCCAAGGCCUCCGCCGACGCGGCGACGAAGGCGGAUGCCGACGUGCGCCAGGCGUCCGACGCUAUACAGGCGGCGGAGGCCGCUGCAUCUGUAGGAGAGCAGGCCGUGGCCAAGGCCCAAUCGGAGUUAGAUCGAGCCGAUGCUGAGUUAAGGGAUUGCCGCGACCACCUCCCGGGCGGGCCCCAAGCGCAAAGAGAUGUGGAGCGGGCUCGACUGGUAGAAACGUUGCGAGGCUUGUUCCCCGGCGUGCGCGGUCGAGUCGUAGACGUCUGCGAGCCCACGUCGCGAACCUAUGCUUCCGCCGUCGGGGCCGCGAUGGGCUCGCUCGCGGACGCCGUGGUCGUCGACGCGCGCUCGACAGCGGUCGGAUGCGUGAGACAUCUGCGGGAGCAUCGGUUGGGUGCCAUGACUUUUCUACCUUUGGAUGCUCUAUCUUCUGCACGACCUGAUGAACGACUGAGGAAUUUGGGGAGGCAGUACCGGCCCGCGUUGGACGUCGUGGCAUGUGAUGAGGGUGUAAAAGCAGCAGUGGCCUACGCCGUCGGCCUGAAGACCGUGGUCUGCGACACUCUAGAUGACGCUAGACGUUUGGCCUAUUCCGACAACGCGCCUUCGGUCAAGGCCGUCAGUGUCAGUGGUGCGGUCAUCGCCCAGACCGGAACGAUGAGUGGCGGCCACCAGCAGGGCGGCUCUUCCUGGAGAAGGGCCGACGCUUCUCGACUCGAGAGGGAGCGGUCGUCGAAGCACGAUGCUUUAUCUCAAGCUCGCCUACGGGCCCAGUCCCUCAAGGACGCCGUCGCACCCCACACCGCUCGGAGGGACGCCUGCGCGUCGACGGCGAAGUGGGCCGCCAAAGACGCGCAACUCGCCCAGUCUCGCGUCGCGGAAUGUGAAGCUAGGGAAAGAACGCUAGAUGCAUCUAGAAAGACGGCCGAGAGGGAGCGCGACGCGAAGAUUCCCGGCAGGGAUCAGGCUGUGCGAACGCACGACGAACUCCGACAAGCUAAAAGGGUGGUGGAAGAACGCGUGUACGGGUCGUUCGCGAGAAGACACAAUCUGUCAAUUGAUGACUUGUGUGACGAUGGUGAUGCCGUCGCGGGCACGCCGCAAGCCCUCAGAAAGCAGCGCGACGACGAUCUUAAAAAACAUCUGCAGCGGGCCGCUACUCUACGAGCGCAGCUCGAGUACGAACAAGGUCGCGACCUGCAAGCGCGCGCCGCCGAGACCAAAUCUCGAGCGCGAGAGGCCCAGAAGGCCGCGACCAAAGCCAAGAAGAAGGCUUCCCAAAUAGAGUCGGAGCAGUCCACAGCUGAAGAUGAAUUGGAGGAGGAGUCUCGAGCGGCGAAAGACGCUAGGGAAGCACAUACGCAAGCGAGGCAGGCCCUCAAGAAGUGCCAGGUCGAUGCACGACGAGCGGCGGACGCCAAAGCUACAGCAGCUAGGAAAGCUCAACAGGCCGCUUCGAGUGUCGACGCGGUGUCGGCGAAGCUGCAAGACGUUGCUCGUAGGGCUCGGUUGGAACAUGUGCAAUUAGGAACGGACGAGAACAUGGACCCGGAGGACUUAGACGUCUCGAAAGCGCAAAAGCCGAAGCGAGGCGAGGACGCGGACCAGGCUCACGCUCGUCGUAGAAGAGCGAUUGAGGACUUGGAACGUAGAGUAGAUGCCUUGGCGCCGAAUUUGCGAGCUAAAGCGCAAUUUGACUCCCUAUCUUCAGACGUGGAGCAGGCCGACAAAGAACUAGCCUCGUCACGAGACGCGGCGAGGGACGCCGCGAGACAGUUCGACGCCGUACGAAAGAAGCGUACGGAUGCCUUCCGCGCGUGCUUUGAUGUCGUCGCCUCGACAUUGGCGGAAGCGUACAAAGACGUCACGAAGUCCGCGCGACACCCCGCUGGUGGCAGUGCAUCGUUACACGCGUUAGAUGCGGCCGAGCCGUACCUCAACGGCGUGUCGUUCCACGCGACGCCCCCGGCGAAGCGCUUCUGCGAAAUUUCUCAAUUAUCAGGUGGUGAGCGCACUUUGGCUUCACUAGCUCUACUGUUCGCGCUGCACGCCUACCGGCCGGCGCCGUUCCUCAUCAUGGACGAGGUCGAUGCAGCGUUGGAUAGUGUCAAUGUGGCCAAGCUCGCGGCGUUUGUCAAGCGGCGGGCUUCAUCAUUACAAAUAGUGGCCGUGUCGUUGAAGGACCAGUUCUACACCGAGGCCGACGCUCUAGUGGGCGUGGCCAAGGACGCGCAACGGGCUGCCAGCGUGCCGUUCACGCUGGACUUGGGCGCGUAUGCCUAGAUCGGAGGGUGCCACAAGGGCCCCUCCACCAAAUAAGCAAGCUUUCCCUUCUACCCCCGCGCGGCUAAGAGUGCGGUUUCGUG